AUGGCUCUUUCACCCACUCUUGUUCCUCUCAUUCUCAUUCUCAUACCGAUGUUUCUCGGGUCGGUUUCCGCCUUUUCACCACUCAAAACCGAUACAUUGAAACCGGGGCAGCAGCUCAGAGACUGGGAGCAGUUGAUCUCCUCGGGUGGUGUCUUCACUCUCGGGUUCUUUACACCAACAGAAUCAUCUACCUUCUUACUUGGUUCAGCUGGUGUUAGGUAUAUCGGUAUCUGGUCUCAACAUGGUCCAAUAAACCCAGUUUGGGUGGGUAACCCAACUGAAUCAGUCUCUGAUUCAUCCGGCUCUCUAUCCAUUGAUACUAACGGGAAUCUCAAGAUCACAAGAGCAAACGCUUCUCCAAUCAUGGUGAACCAACACCUUUCCUUGGCUGGAAACGUCUCUGCCACUUUACUCGAUUCCGGGAACUUCGUGGUCCGAGAUAUCGGACCAGGAGGUGUCCCGGGUCGGGUUCUAUGGCAAAGCUUUGACCAUCCCACCAGUAUCUUACUUCCCGGGAUGAAGAUAGGGUUUAGCCUAAAAACCAAGAAAGAAAUUUCGGUUACUUCUUGGACAAGUAACCUAGUUCCAGCCUCAGGAGCAUUCAGACUAGGGCUAGACCCGUCAGGAGUUAACCAGCUACUCGUCUGGCGCCAUGAUGACAUCUACUGGUCCAGUGGAGUUUUGACGAACAACGGAAGCUCUCAACUAACCUUAGAGCUAUCCAGAGAGUACCUUGAUUAUGAAUUCAAGUUUGGUUCAGACAAGUACAUGAAGUACUUCAGUUACUCAAUCAAGAAAACCAAUGGUUCUGUCUAUUCCAGCUGGUCACUCGAUACUCUAGGCCAAAUCACUGUGACCAACGUCCUCAGGAGCAACACAAGCAACAGGUGGAUCUCUGAAAGCAGUCAACCCUGCACGACGGAUUUAAAGAACAGUUCAGCGGUCUGCAUCACGGAGAAGCCAACGGCUUGUAGGAAAGGGUCAGAGUAUUUCGAACCGAGAAGAGGGUACAUGACGGGUAGUGGUUACUAUGGUUAUAGUUUGAGCUUUGGGCUUAGUGACUGCCAUGGAAGCUGCUGGAGAAACUGUUCUUGCAUAGCUUUUCAAUCCUUUUCUGAUGGACAAUGCCAGUAUUGGGGAAAAGGAUCAAAGUUUUUUCCUUAUGAUAGCUUCACCUUCGAACAAAAAAUUUAUGUUCUUGACUCUGUUAAGUGAUGUGUGGUUGUAAAAUGUAAACCAGACUAAUAUCAAUAAAGGGGCUUUAAAUUAUCAAGAAA